AUGCCACCCGGAGACCCCGACGCAAACAAGAAUAAAUCCCUGCGUCCCGCAACCAAGAUCCCCGCAGGAGAGAAGGCCUAUUCCCAUCUCCGUCGUCCGUCUGUCACGAGAGCCUCUGAAACAAUGCAGGCGCAGCACCUCUGCACGCGCAUCGAGUCGCCGACGCUGCCCCUUGCGCUGCGCACCAUCGAGCCGCGCGACGCGCCCAGGCACUCGGCCAUCCUGACGGCCGACAUGCGCAGCUCCGACCCUUGGGCAGGCGGCGUCUCCGUGUCGCGGUCAGAGGAGCUCAUUGCCGGGCAGCGAGAGUCUGCCGCCGUGCCCACCGUCCUCGGGCCCGACGGCGAGGUGGUCGGCGGGCCGGGGAGGGUGAACAUGGUGCUGGUGCUCACCAGCGAGGGCGACAGGGUCAUUGGCCUGGGGGGCUUCGGCGCCAUCAAGGACUGGGAGAGGCGCGGCGGCAGAGUCCGCGCCGGCGACGCGGGCGUCGUCGUUGACGAGGCGUACCGGGGCAACGGUUAUGCGGCCGAGGCCAUGAGGUUGGCCGUGGACUGGGCCUUUACGCCCGUGGCCGCCGGCGGUCCGCAGCUGGAUCUCGUCACCGUCACCACCGCGGCCACGAAUACGCCCAUGCUGGCCUUGGCCGAGGACAAGCUGGGCUUGAGGGGCAAGGGAGUCCUGAGGCAUCAUGAGUCUGGCCAUGCCGCCGGCGAAAUGUACUACGAGCUGACGGCCGCCGAGUGGAACCACAUCCAGAAGAACAAGAUGACGUUGUAA